AUGAAUCGAAGUAAUCAUACGAUUCCAUGGGGCUUCAAUGUCACUGGUGGAGAGUCGGUGCCAAUAAAAAUUUGUUCUAUUCAAAAAGAAAGUUUGGCAGAAAAAGCCGGAUUGCAAGUAAAUGAUAUCGUUGUCGAAUUUUCGGGUCGUAGUACUGAAGGAAUGUCACUUCAAGAAGGCAAAAAUUAUAUCGAAAAAACUUCUUCUGAAAUUCGUAUGGUUUUACAAAGGCACAUAACAGAACAUCCAUGUUUACCUUGGCAAUUAACAAGCAACGGUAACGACGUGACGAUAGAUUAUAUCAAGCCUGAAACAGCUGUUAAUUAUAACUCUUAUGAGAGAAAUACCAAUAGCCGUCCACUGAUUCCAAAUUAUCAACCAUUACCAUUCACAAAUGUAACAAAUACAAAAGUGAAAUUUUCUGACAAAAUGAAUGAAAACGAAAAAGACCGAAAUAGAAAUUACACUGAUAAUAUAACAAGAAUGGAAUCAACACAUGCAAGUAAUGUAAACAAAUUUGGAUCUGGUAGUGGUACAUCACGUAACGUACCAAUAGCAAUUGCAAAUUCAGUGUCAUCAUCUACUGUUGCAAAACCAUUUUCUGUGCUACAAAAAGAUGAUACAACUACAAAUGGACCGAAAAAUUAUAAUCUUGUUAAUACAGAAAGUCGAAAAUCUUUGCAACAUUUGCCUCGUACAGAGCGUAAACUUUUCCCAGAUGCCUCAGUUCGUCAUUUGCAGUAUAAUUCCCCAAUAAAUUUAUACACGCCACAUGCUGCUGCUGAACAAUAUCAACAGCAAACCGGUAGAUUUAUUAGCAAUGAUCCAUUACUGCGAGUACCUAAGAAAACUGAAUCAUAUUUACAAUCAGAAACACGACGCUUGAUAGCUGAAGAAGAAGGACAGAGUACGCAUGAGAAAGCGCCAUCAAUGCAAAGUGCGAGUUUUAAACGAAUUUCACGUGCGUGUGGUACUCCUGUUGAUUAA